GGGAAGGGAAGGAGGCGGAGCACCAAAUGAGGGCGAUAGGCAGUUGAAGAGAAGAGAUGCUAGACAUCGAGAGGAGGGGGCAGGGCCAUCGCGCAUUCGCCACGGGAACAGCUGAGCCUUGAGUCACAUGAACGACCCGUGUUUGACUGGCUGACAGACGUUUCAGGUAUUUUCUGUGUCCUGUUACACAAAUCCAAUCAAAUGAGCACCCGGGCACUUUGGGCCGUUGUGUACAGCAUUAGCAUAAUUUUCAUAGCCCCAGCCAUCAGCUAUCAAGAAAAUGAUGAUAUCAAUUCUGAUGGCUGGAAAAGCCCCAAUGUCACAGCUGUUCACACUUGGGAUCAGCCCUCGGUCGUGGGAAUGCAUAUCAACUCAAACAAAACAUCUGGACAAAAUGGAAGUAAUUUGGCAUUCGGAUUUGCAGCCUGUGCUGUCUCAGUUGUGUUUUUUGGGAGCAAUUUUGUUCCGGUGAAGAAGUAUGAUACCGGCGAUGGGUUGUUCUUCCAGUGGAUCCUGUGUGCAGGAAUAUGGAUUGUGUCUCUGAUCGUCAACUUAAUACUGAAGUGCCCUAAAUUCUGGCCUCUUGCUAUGCUUGGAGGUUUCGUAUGGGCAACUGGGAAUAUAACUGUUGUUCCAAUUUUGAAAACUAUUGGUUUAGGCCUUGGACUUUUAAUCUGGGCGGCAUUUAAUCUCUUGAUGGGGUGGGCUAGUUCUAGAUUUGGUUGGUUUGGAAUUGAUCCUGAGGAAGUUGCAAAGCCUUACUUAAACUAUACUGGGGCUGCUCUGGCUUUCUUAAGUGCUAUUAUAUAUUUCUUUGUCAAAAGUGAUGUAAGUUCUCCAAACGCAUCUGAAUCAACACGUCUGAUUGACAGUAAUAUAAACGCAGAUGAAGAAAGCAUGUCGACAGAUGCAUCCUGGGUAGACAAACUAAGCCCACUGAAGAAAAGGCUUGUGGGUUCAUGCCUUGCAGUCAUUGCCGGAUUACUGUACGGUUCUAGCUUUGUACCAGUGAUUUAUAUCAAGAAUCAUGCACUGAAGAAUGAAACCAAAUAUAAAAAUGCAAGUCAGUUUGAUUUGGACUAUGUAUUUGCACAUUUUAGUGGCAUAUUUCUUACAAGUACUGUCUAUUUUGUAAUAUAUUGUGCAUUAAUGAAGAAUAAACCAAAAGUUUACCCUAAAGUAAUACUACCAGGUUUUGUUUCAGGUGUGAUGUGGGCUAUUGCAAACUGCUGUUGGUUCCUGGCAAAUAAUUUCCUCAGUGCAGUUGUUAGUUUCCCGAUCAUCACUGCUGUGCCAGGUUUCAUUGCUGCUCUAUGGGGAGUUAUUGUUUUCAAGGAAAUAAAAGGGAUGAGGAACUAUCUUGUUCUCGGAAUUGCAUUCUGCACUAUUUCAGCAGGGGUAUUAACAACUGCCUUUUCCAAGAUGUGAUAAAACCAAUAAUGUAAGGUGACUACAAUUGAAACAGUUUGGAUGAAGGAACUGCUUUUGACACCAGUAGUUCAAUGCAAUGGAUCCAUUUUAAUAGUCACCUUAGAAGAAAACCAGAGCUUACAACAUUUUUGAUUUUCUUUAAUUGUUAAUUGAAAAUGUUUAUUGACCUCAGUACAAUUGUUCUGAUUUAGAAAAGUGUAGAUCAUUCCAAGAGGUGCCAAGGGCAGAACUACAGUAACUUACAAACUAAGGUGCUCAAUUAAGAGAACUUUGCAAACAUACCUCAUUAACUCUCUAGUUCAGUGACAGACUAAACAGGGUGUUAGUUUUAUUAAAAUUAGAUCAUUUUUUAAAUCAGCCUCAAUACUUUCACAGUACACUCUGAAUUAGAUGGUGGAGGAGCUAACUCUAAUAGUACAUGAUGGCAUUUUAUUGAAUUAUUCAGGUUUUGGAAGCAUGAGUAGAUUCUAGGUAUACAGUUCCUUUGAAGAUGACCAUUUGUGCUUCUCAAUGUUAACCUAAACUCCCUCCCUACACAUGAACUACCUCUUAGUUCAUAAACAUUAUUGAUUCAUAACUCACUAACUAAGCUUUUACUCAUCCUUCUUAAAUUCUAAUAAGCUUGUGAAGUAUAUUAGGUGUUUAUAUUUUAAUGCCAUAUUAAAGGAUUGUCAUUAAUGCAUGAAUCAUUAUAAUUGAGUAACUGGGAGAUAGUUUGGGUGAUGUUGUCAUGGUGCUUAAAAUAUCAAGACUGUAACGAUUAAUUAUACUUAUUCAUUUUAAACAAGAGAAACGGCUCAUGUGCAAACAAAAAUGUCCCCAACCUCCAAUUGAAUGUCACUAAUGCUAUAAAGAAUUUAAUCUCAAUCUGCUGAAAAUACUUAUUUUAUCAGAAAAAAACACUGUAGAAUGGCAAUGUCUGGAACUUCACUAGAAAUGCAGAUUGGAAAUCCAGAUGCGUUCUGCCCACAUUUUCAUAGUCAUGUUUCCUUGGUCUGAAUUUUAUCAGCAGCAACUCCAUUUCUAAUAUGAACUAUUAAUACUCGAAGCUUCAGUACUGUGACCCUACUGUGUUGAAUCUUUCCAAAGUGCAUGGAAAAAAUCUUUUUAACUCAAAUUGAGAAUCUGUCCAGAUAUACUGUAGUCAGAAAAAUUCAAAUAGAGUAAGGAAUUGAAUACUUAUAAGCCAGUGUGCUACAAAACCUGAGGUUUGUAACAAGCUGGAGCUGAACAAAGGACUUGGAGACAGGAAAGUAUGAUUGCUGAAACUUUAAUCUAGAGUAAGACAUUGGAUUCCAGAAUGGACAAUAACAAUUGAAGAUUAUAAGUCCUGCAUGUUUUUGUACUUCAAACGAUAGAUAUGUGAAGAGAAGUUUUACUAUUCUAGAAGUAAACAUUGUCCACAAAAAACACGAUUAGAUUAUAUUUUGGGUGAGAAAUAUUCCUGAGUUCUGAUGAAAACUUUCCAAUUUGUCAACCUUUUCAAUUGUCUUUUUAUUGGGAACAAAAUGUUUAAUCAUUGUGACUAUGACUAAAUAUGUUCAUGCUAAAAUAGCAACAUUACAAGAUAUUUCAAAUGUCUUUACAUUGUUUACAUAAUGGGUGCCAUUGUAGCACAGCGGUUAGUGCGUGCUAUUACAGCUGGGCUCGUGGGUCAUUUCAGAGUUUGGUAUUCAAUUCCGCUGCCACCCAGAUGGAGUUUGUAUGUUCUCCCCGUGAACUUCCUACGGGUGCUCUAGUUUCCUCCCACAGUCUAAAGAUGUACCAGUUAGUAGGUUAAUUGGUCAUUGUAAAUUGCCCUGUGAUUAGGCUAACGUUAAAUAGGUGGGUUGCUGGCUGGUGCAGCUUGUUGCACUGGAAGGGCUUAUUCCAUGCUGUAUCUCUAAAUAAAUAAAUAAAUAAAUAAAUAAAUAAAUACUUGUUCUACA